AAUGUAAGUUCCUGCAACACGACCGGCUAGAUACCAGCGAUGAAUUCUUGGAUCACGUUGAUGGCGCCAAAUACUCGUUGAGUGCAUCUGCUGAAAAGUAGCAAAUUGUAAUCACUUUUUACCGUAAGUCUACGUUAAAUUGAUUAAUUUUGUGAAGCCCUUAGAAAAUUCAGAUGCUCUCACCUGGAGUGGCCGCCUACCCAGUUCACACAUUGUGAAUGUCGUCACUCCAGUCACCCACAGCCCAAGCAGGCAACAUGUUCAGUCCCAGUCUGGCGGGGACCAGCUCCAGCCAUGGGCACCAACCAGCAGAGGUUUUCCGUAAGGACCUCAUCAGUGCCAUGAAGCUGCCGGACUCCCAUCAGCUCCAGCCGGACGAGUACAUGGUCAUCACGGAUACUUGGAAGCAGGAGUGGGAGAAAGGGGUGCAGGUUCCUGUCAGCCCCGACAGCAUCCCCGCCGUCAGCUGCACCGCCACCAGGGACCCAGAUCCAGGCACCUUCAAAAUGCCAAGGAAGCUGAUCUGUACGGCCGGUGGAACAAGCGAACAGGAAGAGUACGCGGCAGCCCUCCUAAAGAAGUUGGAGUCGGUUUGCCAGUAUGACUUGGAUGAAGUGGACGAGCAGUGGUUGGAUAUCGUCAACCAAGAAAGGGAAGACAUGAAUGACCCUCCAAUAGAUGAGUUCACCAUGGAGCGCAUCAUUGAAGAGUGUGAGACGCAGUGCCAUAAAAACAUGGAGCAUGCAAUGCAAACUGAGGAAGGACUUGGUAUAGAAUAUGACGAUGAUGUCAUCUGCGAUGUCUGCAGAGCCCCUGACUGCGAGGAAGGGAACGAGAUGGUUUUCUGUGAUAAGUGUGACAUCUGUGUGCAUCAGGCAUGCUACGGCAUUGUGAAGGUCCCAGAGGGAAGCUGGAUGUGCCGUACCUGUGCUCUGGGCCUCCAGCCCGUAUGCCUUCUAUGCGGGAAGAAAGGUGGCGCCAUGAAAAGCACCAGAAGUGGCACAAAGUGGGCCCAUGUGAGCUGUGCCUUGUGGAUCCCUGAAGUCAGCAUAGGAUGCGUGGAAAGAAUGGAACCAAUCACCAAGAUAUCCCAGAUACCGGUCAGUCGUUGGGCAUUGAUAUGUAAUCUAUGCAGGAUUAGAACUGGUGCUUGUAUACAGUGCUCGGUCAAAACCUGUAAGGUAGCGUAUCACGUCACCUGUGGUUUCCAAAAUAACUUGGAAAUGAAGACGUUCCUUGAUGAAGAAGUGGAAGUCAGAUUUAGAUCCUACUGCUUGAAGCACAGUAAGAAACGCAAUCCUGAUUCGGACCCAGAUGGCUCACCCCAGAAGACGCCCUCGACGGGCACACCCAAGAAGGAGAAAUCCAUCGAGGAGAAGGACAACGAGAGAGCGAUAAGGAUACAAAACAUAACCGAGGACUUCUACAAGUAUGCUAAAGCGAAGGACGUGGCCAGCAAUCUCAAUAUGAAAGAUGACCUGGAGAUCGUCGACCUUGUGUUUGAGUAUUGGAAGUUGAAACGAAAGUCGGGUUUCAACAAGCCUCUCGUCGUCCUUCAGAAGGAGGAAUCGCCCAGUGACAACGAGGAGUACAGCCUCCAUGCCAGGAUGAGGAUGUUUGUGCACCUCCGCCAGGACUUGGAGAGGGUCCGCAAUCUGUGCUACAUGGUGCAGAAGAGGGAGAAGCUCAGCAGGCAAAUGGCCUCGCUGCGGGAGGACAUUUUCAGGAAGCAGCAGCAGAUCUUCAGCGGCGACGUCUCCCGUUUCUCACCAGAGGACCUGGAGUUUGCGGAGCAGGCCGUUGCCCUCAGCGCCGUGGUCCCCGAGAAGGCUGAGUCAACGUUUGACCUGUUCUCGGAAGUGAGCGUUGAUGAAGACAAGGCAAAUGAGGAGGUGAAGCUCGUAGAGGACAUAGUCGUAAGCAACAUCUCCCGCUCCGAGAUGAAGUCAGAGAGUGAGAAUUACUCGUCUUCAUCCGAAACAGAAAGUUACUAUUGUGAUUCAAGGAGUAGCUCAAGGGCGGAGCUGUCAAAGCCGUCUGAAACAGAAGAGAAGUCUGUUGACAUGACUCCCUUAGUGGAGUCACAAAUUCUUGAGGUUGACUCCAAGAGAAGUGUAGUGGUGGAAGGUAAAGAUCAAAGGUUAUAUCAGAGAUGUGAACCCAAGAGAGCUCAGAUGUCUUUGAGUCAUACCCCUGAACUACCUUACUCUGUCAAAGGUAGUACAGUCAGGCAGAACGCACAUCUAAAACGGACUGCGCCUGAGGAAGCUCAGUCUGAAAGUAUACAAACAAAACGUAAGUCUAGGAACGGUAGAUAUAGUCAUAAUUCAGAGAGAAAAUCUAAGAUAACAUCUUACUUCAAGACCGCUAGGUCAGACUCCUCUCAGCUGGACGUCAAACAGCCUCGGGAAAAAGCAGGCACAGGUCAGAUGCGGGAGAAGCCUACCAGGCAAGCAGCCAGACAUCAUCGGCAGACAACACUCUCCCCAAGGCAGCUACAGAUGAAGGAGGAGGCAGCCCGCCUCAGGGAGCAGAUGUUUGCCUCCAGCCCUGCCUCUCGGGCCAUCCUUAGUGGCUACCGCAUCCCCAAGAAAAAGUCCAUCCCCUCCAGUGAGUCCUCGCCCCCUGCCAUGGAGGCAGACACGGCCCCACCCACUUCAUCACAGCCGCCUCCCCCCAAGGAGGACCGCAUUCGCGCGGCCACCCCAGAGACCAGGAGUGUGCGGCGGAGGAUCGAAGACGAACUGGACCGCGAGAGCAACUGCAGUGACAGGCAGUUCGAGAACAUUGAUGCAGAGGUCAGCAUCUGUCUCCAGGGCAAGGAAGGCACGCCGUCUCUCCCAAGCUCCUGUGAUUCGGAAGACGAUAUCAUCAUCGUUGACGAUGACCAUCAGGAGCAACUGACCAAGCAGCUUUUAGCCCAGAGCUUGAGUAGCUCAGGCACAAAACUCAGCAGAGGCCAAAGUGUAGAUAGUCCUGAUGUCGACAGUAGAGUCAGUGAGAACAAACCUGUCACCACACGGAUAUAUGAUGCUGCUUAUCGGUUGCUCAAUAGUGCGAUUCCGCUGUAGUCUUUUUUCCCUUGCCUUUGUAUGUCUGUCACUUUGUUUCAUUGAUGCCAUGGGUCAUGUUUAAGGCAAAUGCGUUCCUUCAGGGUCAGUUUCACUGCAUGUUUUUUAAAUUCUGUCUACAGUGAGUAUUAUUGAAUAUUAUUAUCAGCACAAGUUUUGAAAUUUACCGCCAAUUUUUCUGAAAUCCUUCCCUAAGGCCCCCAUCACACUUUGAUGAUUACCAGGAAAACCCCGCUAUGUUGUGAAAUUUCAUUAAAACGUGGCAAAGACCGGAUGAAACUAAGAAAAUUGGAGAAAACUUUUUCUUUCAAGAUUGCAAUAGGUUGUUACUGCGUUGCUUGCACGUGCAUGAAGUUCGCAAUAUAUUCUUGGCAUCAUUAAACUGAGCACGAGUCUCAACUCUGUUAAGAUGCAAUUGGAUCUUUCCACGAUGUAAAAGACUUCAAUGCGACUGCACUGCGACCUCAAAGAUCACAAUACGAUGGUAAUACGUUCUAGCUGCAUAUACAACAUGUGCGGUAUAUGUGUAGCAAGCUGUCGACUCGUUUCCAAACGUUUCUUACAUAAAUUGGCUGAAACAGCGCAUCCCAUCAGUUCUCCGGUGGGCACGGUAUAAACUUCUUCCGGAUCGAGCUGCGUUUGUACGCUAAAGAAAGAUCUUACAACGAUGCUGAUAUGCAAAGACUAUGCAUGUUUGCUGUCUUCACAAGGUUAAUACCCUGCCACUGCAGUAUAAAGCCACUACGACCCUGCCACAUAAGUUUUGAGCUUACAUAACCUCCCUGUGGAUGAAGCCCUUGACCACGUUGCUGUCAGUUCCCACUAAGUUCUCACUGCAUUGUGCAAGAUCACACCACAAUUGGUCACGCUGGCCUGAUCUUUUGGAGCGCAUAAUAAGAUCAUGCUUGAGUGUGAUGGGGGUUUAAGGGCAGAAUCUCACCUUAAACUUGGCUCUGGUGACACCUCUGUGGUUGCUUGUGUCGACUCUUUGAAAAUUUCCAAUCUGCCCAUGCUUGUAUGCAUGUUUGAGCUCAAAGCAAAAUGUUCUAAUAGACAUCGGAUACAAAGAAUUCAGGAGCAAACCAGUUUUAUUUGAAAAAGGUCUCUGACUUGGAUUGCAACUGACUUUCAAAUAGAAGUAAACACUAUUCCGGUGUGACAUUUGGAAAUGGGUUUGGUUCCCUGGGAACAGUAACACCAAAUAGGCUGCAAUGUGUUCCCUUCAAUGCAAUGUUUGUUGGUCCCACAACAUGCUGACACUGAUUUGUUUUGAAUGAGGAAGUACUGUUUUGUUCCUUAAAUUCCUCAAAUCAAUCAACACUGAUUUCAAGUGUCUUAUUUCAACAGGACUUGUUUGACUGUCUGACUGGUUUGGUGGUUACUUUUCCAUCCUUUGAUGAAGCUUGUAUUCCAAAAUAGAUGCAACAUAAAUACAGCUGUGUCCAAAACUUGUGGCUAACAUGCAUUUCAUUGGGAAUAGGGAUUCGGCCACUAACCAAUGAUUUCCAUAGGUUUUCAUGUCUUUUCCAGCUGUAGCCAGGACUUUUGGACACUCACAGCCCAACUCUUGAUGGGUACCACGUGCAUGGAGUGUUUUGUAUAGUGGGCAUUAUUCAGUCAAGAACUCUUGGGUAGAGAUGUUGUGUUUUGCAGCAAAAAGAGGGAAUUUUGUUAACCAGAGGUUUCUGGUUUUCUGGUUUCCCCAACUGUUGGAUCCGGCAUGUACACUCCACAUUGUGACUUACUGCUUGAGACUUCCACAUGUUGGUGUGCAUUCAAUCUCACCCCAUGCUGGAAGGAUUUUGAGACCAGCCAGUAAUAUGUGAGAUGGGAUUUGAAAAACCCUUUUGGUCUGGAGAAAUGUGCCAUUAAGCUGUCUUGCAAGUUGCGUAGUUGAGGAUUUUUGAGGAUUCAGAGUGGAAUAAGCAGAAAUGCGUUCAGAAUGACACUAUUGAUAUUGAUUGAUAAUAUUGAUCGGCCCAUAGGUUUUGAUUCGCUGUCAUGUUUAACGUUUUGGAUCUCUUCUAUCGGAGGAGCAGUUUCCAUUCUCAAAGGGUACAUUUCUGAAAUUUACUGAAAUAGAUACUGUUGCGUGUAAUCCUGGCAUUUGAAAAUUCUCAUUCUAAAAGUUUUUAAAGACCAAGUUGUGUUUUGAGCAUAUAAUGCGAUUUGUUUCGCAAAAUGGGAUUUUGCAGACUCAAACAGUGAUUCAAAUUGUAUGGGAUUUGUCUUUGGAAGUUUUAACUUCAGGUCGAUGCUAAAAUGUAAAAUGUUGCCAGCAGUGUCGUGGAAAGUUUUUUCUUUUGGGAAGUUUUGCUAAAAAACAAAAUGCCUCGAUAUUGAAUAAUGUGUCCCAAUUUCAUUUCCAUUAUUUUAAGUAUUUUACAUGUGUAUUAAGUUUUCUUUGUCUUUGUUCGUGAAUCACUUUCUAUGAAUAGACAAUUGCCAUGGGAAUUUCUUUCUUAAAAAAGACUGUGUGUAAAUGUUGCAUUUGCAUCAUUGUAAAUCCAAUUAUGAACGUGUAGAUAUUGUCAUAAUCUACUUUCUCAUAUGUUCUUGAAUAAAAUGGACUUGUACAUAAACGGGA